AGGUGUCGCACGAGCUCUGAGACAAUUGGACCCUCCUACUUGGAUACGGAAAGUCACAACCGGAAGAAGGUCAUGAGCUUUACAUUCAAGAUGGCGACCCCCUUGUGUCAGUGUUACCAGAUAUGUGUAAAAAGAGGCUUUGUGGCAUUUCCAACCUCUUCCCUGCUACUUCACAACAGACCCAACAUUUACAGGAUACAUGGGCUCCUCACAUGCUCUUCACAGGUGCUUCAGUCACCCCUUCUGCAAGUACGGUAUUUGUCAGGGGAGAGGGGCGGUGGCAGAAAAGGUUUCCUGGGGGAGUUUCUGGACAACCUGAAGCAGGAGCUGAACAAGAACAAGGAAAUGAAAGAAAACAUCAAGAAGUUCAGAGAAGAGGCCAAAAAACUUGAGGAGUCGGAAGCACUGAAACAAGCCCGAAGGAAAUAUAAAACUAUAGAGUCUGAAACAGUGAAGACCUCUGAGGUUCUCAAGAAGACGUUGGGAAACCUCUCUGAGUCAGUUAAAGAGGGGCUAGAGGAGGUGAGUCGUACAGAAUUUGGGAAGAAAAUCAAGGAGGGAAUGGAGGAAGCAGCCAAGACUGCUAAGACGUCAGCAGAGUCUGUCUCUAAGGGUGGAGAAAAGUUGGGGAAGACUGGUGCAUUCAGAGCAAUAUCACAGGGUAUGGAGAGUGUGAAGAAAGAGAUUGGUGACCUGGGUCACACUGGCCCUUAUCGGCCUCCUGCCAGACUCAGGAAGAGGAGUGAGUUUUCCUCCAAGGGUCCAGGGGAUGACAGCAAGGUCUUCGAAGCUAACGAGGAAGCUAUGGGUGUGGUGCUCCACAAAGACUCAAAAUGGUACCAGCAGUGGAAGGACUUCAAAGACAACAAUGUGGUCUUCAACAGGUUCUUCGAGAUGAAGAUGAAGUAUGAUGAGAGUGACAACGCCCUCAUUAGAGCAUCUCGUGCUGUCACUGAAAAGAUGACUGAUAUCAUAGGUGGGCUGUUUUCGAAGACAGAGAUGUCUGAAGUACUGACAGAGAUUUUGAAGGCGGACCCAUCCUUUGACAAAGAUUCUUUCCUCAAGCAGUGUGAACAAGAUAUCAUCCCCAAUAUACUGGAGGCAAUGAUCAGAGGGGAGCUGGAUGUACUGAAGGACUGGUGUUAUGAAGCGACAUACAGCCAGCUGGCACACCCAAUUCAGCAAGCCAAGGCCAUGGGACUGAAGUUCCACUCUAAGAUCCUGGACAUUGACAAUAUUGAUUUGGCCAUGGGGAAGAUAAUGGACCAGGGUCCAGUGCUGAUUAUCACCUUUCAGGCUCAGUUGGUCAUGGUGAUCCAAAACACCAAAGGAGAGGUGGUGGAGGGAGACCCUGAUAAAGUGCUCCGGAUGAUGUACGUGUGGGCUCUGUGUCGUGACCAGGAGGAGCUCAACCCAUAUGCUGCCUGGAGACUACUUGACAUUUCUGCCUCAAGCACUGAACAGAUCCUCUAAGACUCUUUGAUAUGCACAAAAACCUCUAAACCCAGGAGAGAACAUACUGUACCUGAAUAGGCCCUGGAGCUGGCUCAGAACGAAAGUGGGUGAGAGGAAGGCAUGUGGAAUGGAUGACGGAAAGACAAGUGGGACAUGGGCUCACUUCACAACAGGAACAUUCUGGAGUAGUGUUAAUAAACAAUGCUUCACUUUUCUUUUUUCUACAGUGGCUUUGGGUUCAGUCACAGCAAUCCCUGGAUUUUCUUUGAAUGCCCCCAAUGAGUUAUUUCUAACAAUUCCUCUGGCUCACACCAGGGGGUGGUAGAGUACCAACAACAAUACUUUCUGCAAUGCCUGUGUGACUGUCCUUUUUUAAAACUGUAUAGUGCAGGGCAACCAUUGUUAGCGUUUAAGGAAUACAUGAAUUUACUUAACUUAGGCUGAACUUUUAUAAUGAAUGAGAAAAGAAAAUCCAAGGAACAGGUUUGUUACUGAGUCCCUGAACUUCAGGUUGGUGUCAGUAUCUCAAUAAUCUAUCCCAUCAGUCCCUUAUACUCUCUCUUCCUCUCUGAGGUGUUGUUAUCUGGUGUUGUGGCCAAUCACUACCUUCCUGGAUCCUUUUUUGUACAAUAAUUGUCCAAUAUAGUUGUUAAACUGUGAGAAAGUCUAUAUUUAUUAUGAAAAAUAAAGAUGACCCCUGUUUUUCACACUAGCAGACAUUUUUGAAAGGAACAAAUAUUUUUUUACCUUCUACCCUGCAAAUGGUUAAGCUUUUCUUCUGAGCUGGAGGUUGUCAUGUGAUUCCUUCUAGGGCAGUAGCUAAUUAUUUUUUUUUAAUUAAAUCCUCAAGUGGGAUUUCAGUGUUUGCUAUAUUUCCUUUGGGAAAAAUGCUACUUAUGAGAGAAUUUUUACAGUUUCCCAGAGCAGGGCUAGGGCACUCAUUUGCUUUGAGUGAAAUUUAACUGCCUCUGUAAACCAGAUUGUAGUGAACAUGAUCAUUUUGACCGCUUUCUUGGUUUGGGGGAUACACAGGAAACACUAAGAUCAUCUCUUACCCAGACCAAAUUAGAUUAAAACUUCAGUGUACCUUCCGCUUUCAUUCCUGACAUUAACACUCAGUGUCAUCAUUCAGUUUUCUUCAGAUAACAAACUUCAGUGUUGCGGAGGGUUAUAAGUCACUGCUGCUUGUGUUCAAUGUGCCAUGUCGUUUGCCCUACACACCAGAACUUAAACCUCCUCUCCUGGACAUAUAAAACGAUGGACGUUGCAAAUGCUAAAUGGCACACAUUUCACCAGAUCUCAUUACUAAUCUCCCAAAUCGGUUGUCACAUGUCCAGGAUGAUGAGGAUAGAGGUCACCUCUGCACACGGUCUUGAAUAUCUUUGAAAAUCCUCUGCUGGUUUUGUGGACAAAUGUAUUUCACUGCGACACCUUAAGUGUAAAUAGUUCCAUCAACAAGUCAUUUGGACCCUAACAAGGACAAUGACACCUCAUUAAAAUCUUAUCUAAUAUACAGAUUUUACGGUGUUCAUUUGGUUUGGUAACCCGUUUACCUCUGAUUUGUUGGAGACAAUAGUUCCAAUAAGGUCACAGAAUGUAGAUUGCAGAUACAUCUGCAUCACAUUGAGCCUUUUUUUGUCAAGCCAACAGAAUACCAUAUAGCUGCAUUUUCCCUGCUCUGCAUUUUGCCCAUUUCUACUCUGUAAGAUGUCACCACCUCAAUUAAAAUGUCUGAAUUGCAAUCAA